AUUCAACCAUGUCAACUUUAGCCCAAUCUUUUGAAGCACGAGUUCUUUCGUAUCUGAAAGCUCAAGAACACCUAAACUGGGGAGAAGCAUUCGAAGAGAUCGAGGAGGAGGAAUCACCCGAACAGCAUGUUCAAGCCAUCUUGCAAGAAAUUUUGUUAAAAUUAAAUAAGAAAAUUGUAUGUCAAGAUCGAUAUGAUAACUUGAAAGAAAAUCACAACCAGUUUCCUUUGUUCAAUUUGGAAGAUAUAAUACCAGAUUUUUGUAUUGAUGAGGAUAUGAUUAAACAACUGACCUUUUCCGAAACUUUAGUAAUUAGCGCACUGGAUGGCUACGAAAAUUCGGAGGAGACUGUGCCAAAAGCAGUCGGAUCCCUAGUUUUAAAUAUACUGGCUGAAGAUGCAAUUUUACCACAUAAUAUUAAGAAAAAAGCAAUAGAUGCCGAUAUAGAAAAGGAAGUUACGCAAACAUUGCAACGGGCUAAGCAAGUUGCUGGACCAUUGAUUAAAAAACCUGGCACAAAGCUCGUCGAGCUGGACGAAGUAGAAGAGCAGUUGCGAAAAACUCUCAUCGAAUACGAAAAGUCCUUGAAAGAGGAAAUGAUGGCAAACGCUACAAAGUUUACGGUGCAUGUUUCGUCACAGUUCAACUCAGGAUUCAACGGCGGCUCCCGUAUAACGGCUUGGGUUGACAGGAAUUUUCAUACACUGGAAGAAAAAAGAACAGAGUAUUUCCAGGACGAGGGAAUAAUCAAUGAAAAAACUCUUUACGUAGGUCUACAACAUAGAAAAUACUACGUCAGACAUUGUAGUUCAAAGGAAGAAACUGAUAAUCGGAGAUAUUACAGUCUAGCGAAGUGUCAGGAUCUUAUUUGUGAAGGGGCGAAUUUUAUCUUAAUGAGAUAUUUAGCAAUUACAAGAUAUGAAGGGCAAUUCGAAUUAACUACAACAUAUAUCAAUGGAGAUCUGUGCAGAAACCAUUAUGAGUGUACUGGUCCCAUGAAAGGAAAGGUAAACAACAAAGAAACCGAGAUUUGUAAAAUAUAUAGAUAUAUAGUAGAAAAAUGCGGUAUAGAACAUCUAAGUGUCACUGUAAUGACUGUCUAUGGAAGAAUCGUAACACAAGAAUGGGAUGGUUGUCGUUAUAUAUUAAAUAUGAAUCCUUUACAGUAUGUAGGUACUGGAAAACCAACCCUUUAUGACAGGAAAAGUCUUGAAAAUACGUGGUAUGAUGAUUUAGAACUAUUCUCAAAGUAUAUGGAUACGAAGACCGAAGCUGAACUAAAAAUGAAAUCAUAUAUGCACGAGCACCCAGAAGUAAAGCACAUUAUUGCAGAUUAUUUGAACAAUAUCCUACUUUUAAAACCGCACAAUAUUUUACCGUUUACUAUGGACUUCUUCCAAAGUCUGUGUCCUGUGAAAAUUGCUAGAAUGAAAUAUUAGACAAACUUUUAAAGAUUAAAA